AUGUCCGUUACUGGGCCUGCUGCGAACACCAAUGCCAUUCACCGUUUAUCGGAGCUUGAGCUCAAAAAAGGAAUCAUUGGAGAAGGCUCUUGGCACAACCAAUAUAAGGAUUCUUGCUACAUUUUCAUAGGCGGUUUGGACCACAGAAUGACGGAAGGUGACAUUAUUAUAGUUUUUUCCCAGUUUGGUGAACCAAUAGAUAUAAACCUAAAAAGGGAUAAAGAUACAGGAAAAUCACUCGGGUACUGUUUUCUAGGUUAUAAGGAUCAGAGGAGUACUAUACUGGCUGUGGAUAACUUUAAUGGCUCAACUCUACUAGGAAGAAGGAUCAGAGUUGAUCACGUCAUGGACUACUCGGCACCAGUUGUUUACGAGGAUGAGGUUGACGAGGAGGGUAAUAAGAUUCGUAAGGAGUAUAAGCCUACGGGAGCAGAGGGUCAGGGACUGGACAAUUAUUAUGUAACUGAAACAGAGCGGCUUCUAAAGGAAACAUCCAGUAAAAAAGCGAAACAGGACCCAUCUCAGCAAAUGGACGAAGAUGAAAAAUGGGCCCUUGAAUUCGAACAAAUGAUUAAGAAUGAAAAUUCAGAAUCAUUUGAUAACCCCAAAGAAACUAAAGAAGAUAGAGAAAGUGUAAAGAAGGAGCAUAAAGAAAGGGACAGACGUGGAGACAGAGAUAGGAGUAGGGAUAGAUAUAGAAAUAGGCAUAGAAGCCGUAGUAGAGAUAGACAUAGAAGUAGAAGUAGAGAUAGAGAUCGAUAUAAGAAGAGAUAUAGAGAUGGUAGUAGGGAAAGGUAUAGAAGAAGAUACAGUAGAAGUUCUUCCAAAGAUAAACAUCGAAGAGAUCGGCACAAACGAAGUCAUCGCAGUCAUUCUUAA